CCAGCAUCAACACCAGCCAAAGCAAGCAAUGACACCAUGGAGUUUAUGCCGCCCAACGGCCAAGCCGGCUUCGAUGAGCUGAAGCCCUCGCUCUUUGAAAUCCUGUCAGAGCAACAGCUCUCGUCGCUGCUCCCGCCCUCACUCCGCUACCUGCUAGCACUCGCGACGCACCGCCACCCACGGUACCUGCUGCCCAUCCUAAACUCGUUCGACGAAGCGUACGCCCUCGUCUCGCUGCUGGUGGAGCGCCACUUCCUGCGCACCUACGGCGGCAGCUUCACCGAGAACUUCUACGGCCUGAAGCGCGAGCGCGUGUUGCGGAUCCGAGGCGGGGAGGCGCGGCGCGCGCAGCUGGGCGCCCCGGAUGCCGUGCGCGAGACGUUGCGGCUGCGGAGGCGCGGCGCGGACGUCUGGAAGAACUUGGCGGUGCUGGUGGCGCUGCCGUGGCUGAAGCGCCGGCUGGACGAGGGCUGGGAGGUGCAUGCGGCGCACGCGGCCGUGUUGGGCGAAGGCGGGCGCUUCCAUCGCGACGAGCAGCAGCCGGGGCUCAGGGCGCGGGUGCGCGACUUCUACCUCUGGUUCCUGCGCCGCGUGUACCCGAGCCUCAACGCGGCGUACUAUUUCGCGCUGCUGGCCUUCAAUCUCGCGUACCUGUUUGACGGCACCAAAUACCACAGCCCAUUCAUGUGGGCGAUCGGGACGCGGAUCCGGCGCCUCAACGCCGCCGACCACCGCGCCAUAGAGCUGGCGACGCAACCGAAACCCUCAGCUUCAACUCGGUCCAGCAGGCCCGGCCGCCCAGGCCAGCCCAACGCGGGGCUCCUCAGCCCCCGCAACCUCGCCAGCACAGUCGGCCAGCGCGCGCUCGGCAGCCUGCGCGUCCUGCUGCCGACGAGCAUCUUCCUGCUCAAGUUUCUGGAGUGGUGGCACGCGAGCGACUUUGCGCGCCAGCUGAGCCGCCAAACGGCUGCCGAUCUGGAGCUGCCGCCGCCGGUCGUGCGCGCGCCAAACACCAAGCCCCAGCACAAGCCUAGCACCAAGCACGACGAAAAAGCUGCUUCUGCUGCUGCACCACCACCCCAAUCCCCCCACGCAGCCACCUCCCUCCGCCCCAUCCUCACAGUCCCCCUCCCAGCUAGCAGCGCACUCUGCCCCAUCUGCGUGCGCCCGAUCGUCACGCCCACGGCCUCGCCGUACGGAUACGUGUACUGCUACGCGUGCAUCCACCGGUGGGUCGAGGGCGUGCAUGAGCUGCAGGAGGAGUUUAUGUCUGGGGCGAGCGGCCCGCGAGCCCCUGGUGGAGAAGGGGUGGGUGUGGGUGGGCGGGACAGUGGGGAAAAUGGGAACGGGAAUGGGAGUGGGGGUGAGGGGGGGAAUGUAUGGGAAGAUGAAGGAGAAGGCGAAAGCAGGGAAGGGAAAUGGGAGAGUGGGGUGGGGCGGGACGCGGUUACGGGGGGGCGGGUGCUGGGUGGUGUGGGGGGGUUGCGGAGGGUUAUUGUCUAGGUUUGGGGAGGAGGUGUAUUUAUGAAAUACCCAGCAUGCUAGCAGUUGCUUUCGUACCUACUUUUUUCGUCAACGUCAGCGUCGACGUCGCUGUGUGGAGUGGAGUGGAGUGUGGAGUGGAGUGGAACGUAUGGCUGUUCUGUCUGUCGUAUCUAUCUGUCUAGCUAGGUAGCUAGCUAGCUACUUGUCUGUCUGUUGGUGUGCUGUGGUAUGUAGUGUAUAGAUAGAUAGAUGGACGGAUGGAAGGAUAGUUAGGAAGAAGGAAGGAAGGAAGAUAUAAUUGUGUAAUAUCUAGGUAGGGUAUUUAGGUAUUUAAGUGUAGGUAGUGUAGUGUAUAUAUACGUGGAUUAUUAAUAGG